AUGGUGAAUACAUCAGAACAAGCAGCUUUGGAUGUAUAUGAAUUCUUACAAAGAUUCUUUAUAAUGUUUCCAAAGUAUGCAACCUUGGAUUUACAUCUUUUUAGUGAAUCUUAUGGUGGUCAUUAUGAAAUAACUGCCUAUUUAAUUAACACAGUUAACAAAUGUUAUCAAACCAACACGACACAUGAUUGCGUCGCUGCAAAUAUAACUUGCUGGGAGGGUUAUAAUGGGAUAUAUACUCAAAACUCUGAUGCUGGCCUUUAUGAUAUUCGCACAAAAAAUGACCUUCCAGUCCCUACGUAUACAAAAUACUUGGAAAACCCCAUUGUUUUAAAAUCAAUUGGCGUUAAUACUACUGCGAUAUCAAAAUAUUUAGAAUUUAAUGAAGCAAUUUAUUUUAGAUUUACAGAUUCUGGUGACUUGUUGGGUGGCAAUGAAAUGGCUGAAUCAUUGAAGUGGAAGCGUCGCAAAGAGUUUAAUAACGCUGUGUUCCAAGAAUGGACAGUGGGUGGAGUAAAA